GAGUCGAAUGCAGUUGGAGUCGCUGUUGCCCUCUGUUCUGCGCUGUAUUCAGUAAGUGACUAGCUACUUUGCUUCACAUUGGUGGACCUUUUGAGAAAGCAGGAUGCCUGAAUCAGCGAAUGUAGGAGCUAUGUAUUCACCAAUGAUGGGAUUCAUUUAUGUUUUUAAUCUCAUUGUUGGCACGGGAGCUCUAACUAUGCCCAAAGCUUUUGCCUCAGCUGGAUGGGCAGCUGGAAUCGUUCUUAUACUGUUUCUUGCAUUUAUGAGUUAUAUGUCAACAACAUUUGUUAUUGAAGUAAUGGCGAUUGCGAAUGCAAAGCUACGACACGAUAAAAAGACAAAUCGUCGAGUACGCAACUCGGUAGCGAGAUCGUAUGUAUUGAAUGAUGGUGAUACUUCAUCAUCAGAUCCUUACUUCACAGAGAAUGACAAUGCAGAUGACAAUGUAAUAUUUCCACCGAAUGAAAGCACAAAUACAAACAAUGGGAAUGAUAAUUUCAGUGAAACCAGACCUUUGCUGGAUACAACUCAUUUAGAACGUAAUUAUCAAGGAAAAUACAAUAAAAACACUCCAAGGUCAAGCCUUCAGGAAGAUUAUUUCAAAAUUGAUGAAAGAAUUGAAAUGGGACAAAUGGCUGAUAUGUUUUUCAAUAGAGUGGGACGUAUCUUAUUCUACCUCUGUAUAUCAAUAUAUUUAUAUGGUGAUCUAGCAAUAUAUGCAGCGGCUGUUCCAAAGACAUUGCGAGAUAUCGCUUGUGGUAAUUUAUCCUGCAGUUCGUUGAAUGCAACACACACAGAACCUAAAGAUAGUGAUAUAUGUUGGGCUCCUAAUAUAUCAAGGGGAGAUGCUUACAGGAUAUUUUUGGGUGGAUUCGUGUUAGUCCUUGGACCGUUUACAUUUUUCAAUGUUCAGAAAACAAAAUAUCUUCAACUCAGUACUUCGGUUCUUAGAUGGGUUGCAUUCAUCAGUAUGAUAUCAUUAACCAUAAUCAAAAUAUCAGAGGGCAAAGGUCAAGGCCACCCAAAACCUUUUGAAUUUGAUGGAAUUCCAGUAUUAUUUGGAGUUUGUGUAUAUUCGUUUAUGUGCCAACAUUCCCUGCCUUCACUCAUCACUCCAAUCCGAAACAAAGGUUUUCUAUCAAAACUAUUAGCUGCUGAUUACUCAGUUAUUUUGAUGUUUUACCUGCUGCUUUGUCUAACUGCGAUUUAUGCAUUUGAUAAUGAAAAUCUUAUGGAUAUGUAUACUUUGAACUUUCAGGAUUCAUGUGAUGUUACUGACAAGACAUUUCUUCGUUAUUUUCUUGGAUUAUUCCCAGUAUUUACUCUCGGAACUAGUUUCCCUAUUAUUGCUGUUACUUUGAGAAAUAAUUUGAAGGCAAUGUUCAAUUGCAACAGAUCAAGGCCGUAUCCUUUCGUUAUUGACAAAAUAUUCUUUCCAAUACUUACUAUUGUGCCUCCAGUAGCUGUAGCUUUUGUCACCAAUGAUUUGACUGCAUUAGUUGGAUACACUGGAUCAUAUGCAGGAAGUGGUGUGCAAUAUAUUAUACCUGCUUUCUUAGUAUUGCUCGCAAGGCAGGAUGCAAACAGAGUAUUAGGAGUGAGUGUAGCUUCAAAGAAUACAAAUAGAUCACCAUUCAAACGAAGAGGAUGGAUAAUAGCCAUGUUUAUUUGGGCGAUAGUUUGCAUUGCCUUCGUGACGGCAAAUCAUAUUAUGUCAUCACAACACCACACUGGGAAAAACGGAACAUCUUGGUUAGAAAGCAAGUGGUCUUGGAUGGACGUUGGAAGCUAUUUUUCAAGACAUGUUCAUAUUUCAUGAAAACUUUGAAGUAUUUGAUAUAUCGAUUUUAUUCUCAGUCAUGUUUGUAUGUGCUUUCAUGUUGUUAAAUAUUUAAAUAUUUGAAAGAGAUAAUAAUGAAUUUUCAACUCCCAUGAGGAAUGAGUGAAAUGGUGAUCAGUCAUGAUGUAUUUGACUACUUCCUGAAUACUUCAGUUUCACGUCACCUUGCUUUUUUUUUCAAUUUUAAAUCAUCUCUGCAUCAUGCCUCUUUAAUAGUAGUUCAUAAAAUAAAAUACAUGUACAUGCAACGAUAUUGCUUAUUUAUCUGCAAAAAAAUACCGGUCCUUGUAAUUUUGGCCUAACCUUCGCAGAUGAAAUAUAUUUCAAAUUAAUAAAUUUGUACCGAUAAAUUGCUUUUAGGGAUGAUUUACUUUUUCCCACUAAACAGUGAAAAGUGGCAUAAAAAAGAAAUAAUAAAACACAUCUUUUUCAAUAUCUGUAACUAGUUUCAUUUUCAAUGACUUUUAAUUCCUAUUACUACUGAUUUAUUGUAUUUGAGUAGCUAAAACUGCCAUGUAUCAUAUAGUGUUUGAAUGGUACUCAUGUAAUAGAAUAGACUUCUAGAAAUACAAAUAACAAAAAUACAUUAUAUAUGAAUUGAUUUGCACUCCUUCAUCUUCGCGGAAGGCUCUAUAUUACUAACCGCUCAAACGAGAAGAUUUGGAGUUGCAGGAUUCUAAAUUGUUUGGGUUUAAUAUAGCUUCCCAGACCUUUUUUCACAUCUUGCUCUAUGGGACUUGCUUUUAAAAACGAUUCUUUCGGUCUGUUAAAUGUCCCCUGGAUGAUUUCUUUUCAUCUACUUUGCUUAUUACUGUAUUUCUCUUUGAACUUAUUUUACUGAUUAUGCCUUUUGAGGGAGUUUAAUUUUAAUAUAUCAGACGCCAAGUAUUUUUCAAGUUAUAAAGAAAUAAUUAUUAUAUUUUAUUUCUUAAUAUUAUUCUCAUUUAAGAAAUAUAUCUUUGUGCAAUAUUGCAUAUAUUUUUGUGGCUUUAUUUAUUAUAUAUAUUUUCCUUAGUAUAUGAUAUUUUUGUCUCACCGCCAACCAUUUAAGACCAAUUUUUACUAGGUAUAUGAGCCAUUUCAAGCUUCAGUCCAUUCUUUUUUAUCCUGCAAUCUUUCAUUACUGCUAGACUAUGUUACUUCUUGUAUUGUAGCCUCUACCUGGGAAACUAGAGGCUUCAAUACAAAGCCGUUGAAUUUGAAAUAAAUAACUGGUUAACUGAUCUGAUGCCAGACGAGAGGCUGUGAUUAAACCGUCUUGUUGGUUUUUCCAUUCUCCGGUAUAAACAUGAAAAUCUUAUCCUGAUCUUAGCAGGCAGUAUCGACAUUGUGCCUUAUUUUCUAUAUUUUAGCCGUUGUGUUGCGCAUUUAUGAUAUAUGGAAUGUAUGUGGUAUCGUCUCAGAAGCUACUUUUUUCUUUAUAUUUUCAAUGAUUCCAGAAGAGUAACAAAAUAAAUUUACCUAUUUUGCGCGUA